UUAAUGGAGAGGAAGGCCGCAAUUCUCGAGGAGUUGGAUCUUCUCGCGAGAAUGUCUGCUUUCAAACGCAUCACUCGACAAGCCAAAAAUGGGUUGCAAUAAAUUAUAAUAAUUAUAAUGGGCUGUUGUCUGUAUAUUUAAAAAUAGCAAUAAUAUCUAUCCAUUUAGUCUGCAAAUGGUCAGGUUUAGAGCUGAAAGAUCCAGAAUGUCGGAAUAUUAGAGGGAGGUCAUUUGGUUAGCAUGCUAACCAGCUAGUAUAUGAAGCAGCAUCACUGUUGGCCGUUUUAAAGCUUGACCUAACGGGGAAAUGUAUCUUCUCUACACGGUCAUUGCCUCUUUAAGUUUAUUUUUAGUUUUAAAAUGGAUGAAAAGGAGGAGAUAUUUCACGGAGCUGAAAAGACUUGAUGGUAAAACGGUUCUCAUUACAGGUGGCAACUCUGGUACUGGCAAAGAGACAGCGGUUGCUCUGGCAACGAGAGGCGCCCGUGUCAUCAUUGCCUGCAGAGACCCAGAAAAAGCUGAGAAGGCUGUUAGAGAGAUCAAACUUCACAGUCGCUCUUUUAAUGUCUUUCACAUGGAGCUGGAUCUGGCCAAUCUGCGCUCCGUUAGCGAAUUUUGCAAGAAGUUUCUACACAAGGAGAAGAGUUUGCACAUCUUGGUAAAUAAUGCAGGCAUGCCUGGCAUCCUUGACUGGACAGAUGACGGCUUCAGCACAUGUUUUGGUGUCAACCACUUGGGCCACUUCCUCUUAACUAACCUGCUUCUGCCACGGCUGAAGGAAUGCGCUCCCAGCCGGGUCAUAACACUCACUUGCUCCAGCUACAAAUACCAAAAACUAGACUUCCAGGACCUCAACUACAACCUGCUGCCCUUCUUCACUUACUGCCGCAGCAAGCUGGCCAACAUCUACUUCAGUCAGGAACUGGCCCGCAUCACCGAGGGAAAAGGUGUGACUUCCUAUGCUGCGGACCCUGGUUUUGUCCAGAGCGGCUGGACGUGCCACUACUCGUUCCUGUUCCGGAUGGUGAUGCAGGUGAUCAUGUGGAUGUUUUCCGUGCCGUGUGAGAUCGGAGCUCAGACUGUCGUCUACUGUGCCGUGUCGGAUGAAGCUGCCAAGCUCAGUGGGGGUUACUUUGUUGACUGCCAGCCUGCCACUCUGCGCCCUUUUGCAAGAGAUGCCGGUGUGGCAAAAAAACUGUGGGAGGCCAGUGAGAGACUAGUGAAACUGGCAUAAUGAAGGUCCCGCAAGUUAUUUACUCUUAAGUUAUUUAUUAUUAUUAUUAUUAUUACUGCUAUAUUGUUCUUAUUUUGUGAAUAUUGCGACUCUUCCAGUUCUGUGGUUUACAUUAUAUAUAUACACUUUGUUCUCAUUCAACUAAACAAUAAAACAUUUAAUGUACAACAAA